UUUUUGUCAAUAUUUAUUCCUUUUAAUGAGUAGAUAUACCUGUUCAACCAGAUAGGUAUUUACUUCAAAAUGAAAUACACUGAGUGUAGACUUCAUGAGGCAUGUGUACAGGUGGUUGAAAUGAAAUUUAUGAAUAUGAAAAAAAUUAAUCUAUCGCGUGGCAAGUGGUACUAUAACAAUAAAGCAUAUGAACCUAACCUAACAACAGAGGGAAUCGUGAUGUAAUUAAUGCAAUGAAAGAAAUUGAUCUCAUUAUAUAGUCAGAGUUGAGAGUUGAAUAUAUUUAAUAGCACAGUUUACUAAACAAUCCCAACGGUAUAAAAUAAUUAAAUAAAAAGAAAUAAAUUGGAUCAUUCGAGUCAAAAUCAAACAUAUUUUCAAUUUUUUCAUUCAUUGAUAAAUAAAACCCUUCCAAAUCCAAACCCAAACGACUCUACUUUCCCAAUAUCGUCCCUUACUAGCAACGCAUGAAACUGAUCGAAUCAUUCGAAAACGACAGAUUCGAAGCUAGUCUAGUUUACACUUUACAGCAUUUCAUUUUCAGCACAGUAGCAGUGUGUUUGUUGUGUAAUAUUUGUGUUACGCGGCGACGAUGUUACUGGACUAAAAUCCACCUCCAACAAGUGGAGGAACCGAGGAAUCCAUCUGGUAAAAUGUAGAUUAAAUUCGUUGGCCCGGAGAGAGAUGCUGUGCAUCAACAGUAAGAUGAAGAUGACCGGAUUCUUUCUGAUAUUAUUCCUGAAGAUUCUAAAUGUAAAAUGUGUCCAUAUGAAAGGCACUUGGAAAAGCGAGGAUUUCUUCAUGUUCGUGGUGAAAUUCGGCUUCCAAAAGACUGACUUGCACAAUCCAUAUUCAUCCGGAUACAUUUAUGGCAAUAUAACGACUGAUAAUUUUAAGUCUAACAGAACUGCUAUGUUUGUGGUACUCGAUAACGAUAAUUUCAUCGAAUACUAUCCGUACAGAUUGUUUAAAAACAGAACGAAAGCUUGUCAGCUGAUGUUCCAUAAGAUCUCGUUUGGUAAAUGCGUUCAAGGCGAGAAGAUCGAUUUCGUUAGCGAAAUCCCUUGUAGAAAGAAUCACCUAUGUACGAACGCUGGCAAUCCGGCUGAUUUCAUUUACGGGUCUCAGUUCUCCUAUCAAAUCAAAGAUUUCCAGCAACCUAAAUUUUGGUACGCCUCGUUCGCUGCUUGUUACCUAAACCAGGACACUUGUACUUGGCAUUACUCUAAAGAUAGAAUCAAAAUUGAUUAUGAUAUAUGGUUUGUCAACGGUAAUCCUAAUCGCAGCUCAUUUAAUCCAUUUGUUUACCAGUUUUCAUUUGAUAAACAUGACACGGUGGAAUUAUUCCUAUUAUUUUUUGUAAUUUACGCGUUACUAGUGCCAGUUCAAAUUUAUGCAGUUACCCAUCAAAGUCACCCUGUAACUAAGCUUUUUACUGCUAGUCUAUUAAUGGAAUUUUUCGGUGUUUCUAUGAAUUUGCUCGGUGCUUUUAAAUUUGCCAUUGAUGGAGAGGGGUAUCCUCGAAUAGCUGUAAUGGGUGACGUACUGGAUAUUUUAUCACGGACAACUUUCAUGCUGUUGUUAUUAUUACUCGCUAAAGGAUGGGCUGUUACUAGAAUGCAGCUUACAUGGCAUCCAUUCGUAUUUGUAAUUUGGUUAAUAUACGGAAUGGUGCAUAUUUUAUUGUAUAUAUGGAAUAAAGUGGAAAUUGAUAUCGUUAAAGACAUCGACAAAUAUCAAACGUGGCCCGGUUGGUUAAUAAUACUACUCCGCAUUGUGAUCAUAUUUUGGUUCCUGUUAGAAUUAAGAAAUACCAUGAAAUACGAACACAAUUGUAAGAAAUUGAAUUUCUUCUUGCAUUUUGGAGCAUCAGCCCUGGUCUGGUUCAUCUAUCUGCCUAUAGCAGCUUUAAUAUCGACGGAGAUAUCGCCAUUAUGGAGAUCUAAAUUACUACUAGCUAUAACAUAUGCUGCUGAUUGUUUGGCGUACUGUAUAAUGACUCAUUUACUCUGGCCCACCAGAAGCGAGCAAUAUUUUUUGUUAGCUACUUCAAUCGAUACUGGUGGUGAUGAAUUGGAUGUUUUCAACGAAGCUCCUCAUGUUUUAAAUGACUAUGUUCCAGCUUCACCCACAUUGUCUGAUUCUGCUCAAUAUUUGAAAUUAAUCGACUUGAAUCAUUAUUCGUAAUGCGGUUACCGUAUACAUGUAAGUUGUGCUGUUUUUGUAGGGAUUUUUUUUAGCGAUAUCAGCGAUAUGAUUUAGAGUCUCGCGUUUGUAAAUAUUACCUAUCAAUGUGUACGUGUGUUUUUUACAAAAAAAUAUCGCCUGUACAAAUGAAAAGUUACGAGUUUUAUUGUGUUUUAAGGUUUAAUAAUAUUUUGAAUUUUAAUGAUAUUUUUCGGAUUUUUUUUCGCCUGUGCAUAGGCUUUGUUAGAUUUUAAUUUUUAUCAAUAUUUAUUGAAUGAAGCAUUCCUUUCAUUGUGUUGAACACCACAAUGACGAUUUUUAUUAGAAGUUUUAAUUUCAUUCGUCGUUUAUUUUUCUGAGAUACGUACAUUGAUGGACUAGACGUUAAAGUGCACUAGUUUUUUUUUCCGGUGCAAAAACUCGGAAGUCUUCGGGUACAGUCGGAAAUACUUCGUUCGACUUGUUCUAUUUCUCUAGUGUGAUAACUGAUAACUCUCAAGUCUCAAACUCUGUUCUGCUUCGUAAUAAAGGACGUAAAGGUGAAAAAAUGAAAAUAUAAAAUUAUAAAAUACCAUUACGUACUACAUACAUAUAAUGAUUACUUAUUCAGCAUUUUCCAUAAUAUUAACCGUUGGCGUUAGAUGGAUCAAUUAUUAUCAUCAUUUCAAAAUGUUAAGCCUGAUAGUGUUGAUACAUAUCGUUCAUGAACUGUACACACUCCACGAAACAUAUGUACCUACGCAAAUUUGGAAUAUAUGAGUUGAAAAACAAUUGUCGAAAGCUCGGCAAUAAGUAAUAAUCUACUUAAUUUAACUUGUUUACUGUUUUUUCAUAUUUUUCUUUCUCAGUUCGCGGUGAUUUUGUCAAUAAUCUUCGCCUCUACAGUGAUGUGAUAGUGGUUUUUCAAUCAAUUCAACAUCAACUAUCAAGUCAGUUCAUAUGAACAUCAUUAGUAUGCUUUAGUUGUGGAAAAAUAAUAAAUACUUAACAUCAAAAAUUUGAAUUUGGGAACUGGAAAGAAAAGAACAGAAAGAUGACGAUGAAAAGAUAAAUACAAGUUGAACGAAGUACCUCCGACAUUACCCGACGGCUUCCGAGUUUUUGCACCGGAAAAAAAAACUAGUGCACUUUAACGUCUAGUCAUUGAUGGUAUUAUUGCUUUUGUUUAUUUUGAUUGAGUUUUUCUCAACAAAGAACUCAAUUCAAUCUAUACAAUUUUUAUGUAUAUUUAAUUGUUUUAUUCAAAGUAUUCAAUGCGAUAUUAUGAUGUUUUUCGUAGAUCGUAAAUUAGAAACAUCGUUGUGUUUUCAAGAAAAGUUGGAAUUUUUUGUAUGAUAUUUUUGUGACUUUUUUUCGCUUCUGGUUACCUUUUUUUAGUUACUUAUUUGCAUUUUUUUUUCAAACUAUCACGUUUAUUAGAACAAAUUUCAAAUUCUCAUGUAACAUGACUUGAGACAGCGAAUUGUGUAAUUUCAUUGUAAAUGCAAUUUUAAAAUACAUUUCUAUGAGUUUUUCAA